AUGUCUAAUGACAGCAGCAGCAAUGGCACUGACCAGUCUUGCUUUGAUAUUUAUGAUGAUCACCACUUCAUAGGAUUAGCUGUGUUAAGCGUAGUCCUCUCUAUAAUCUCAAGUAUAUUCCUGCUAGCUGCAAUAGCACUCAUUGUCCUCUUCAAGAAAUAUGUCUAUUUGAGUCAGAAGCUGAUCCUUUAUCUCUGCAUUGCAAGUCUCCUCUUCUCCUUCAGCACAGUACUCAACGUGACACCUGCUGACGCACACACCAAUCCUGUCUCUAAGGCUUACUGCAUUAUCAUGGGGUUUGUUGAUCAGGUGUUCCUAUGGUGGCAGAUAAAUUGCGUUGCAAUCAUCAUGAUUGAUGUAUUCAUUCGUGUUGUAUUUGAGAGGAACACACGAAAGUACAAAAUACCAUACAUCAUUGGUAUAGUGGCUCCUCCAUUGGUAUUCUCAUGGAUACCAUUCAUUGGUCUAUCCUAUGGCCCAGCUGGUGUCUUCUGCUGGAUAAGAGAUAGAGAAUAUGAAAACUGUGACGUGUUUAAUUUAGGAGCCAUUUUAAGGUUUUCCCUCUACUAUGCUCCUUUCUAUGCUUUAAUGAUUGGCCUGGCAAUACUUCUAGUCAUUACUUUGUGCAUAUCACGAAGGAAGAAGAAGCAAUGGAUGACAGGGAACCUUGGGAAAGAGACGAUAGAACUACAAAAGAAGAUAAUAUCUGAAACCCGGUCUUUGAUUGGGUAUCCAGUUUUUUUCAUGGUGAUAUGCAUAACUCCACUCAUUUUCAGGAUCUAUGGGAUCUUUAAAACAGAUGGCACUAUCUACUUUAUACUCUCCUAUCUGCUGGUUAUUGUCUAUCGUCUGAUUGGUGUUAUCAUUGCACUCAUCUUUGCACUUGAUCCAGAGACGAGGAAGAAACUAAAUUGUGUCGAGAUCCAAGCAGCCAUCCAGCGAUGGAAAGGGAAAGAGAAGAAUGCUGUGGUUGCAUAUGAAGCUGAGAUUGGACGGAGUGACUCCUAUAGCAGGGAAAAAGCAAUAAAGAUUGAAAAAGAUACAUAG